AUGUUAGUGUUGCAUAAACAAGAUACUCAAAUCUGUCUCAUCAUUGAACAGAUAUUUUUAAACUUCCGUAAUCAAUACCUUCCUGUUUUCUCUAUUUCAGCAGGGAGUACGGGAUUGGUGGUUAUUAAGAGGUCAAGUCGAAAGAACUCAUUGUGUUCCUCUGUUAUUAUCCUUGCGGUUGCCGUAGAUACGCUUAGUUUGCGCCCCUCGGGUUGCCUUGGAGACAUCUUGUGGAGCAAGGAGAUGGCCAACCCGCUGAGGCUUCUGGGAGAGGUGCUGAUGGAGCUGGUGAAGAUCAUUGUCCUACUUCUAUGGGUGCCGGUCCGCGCCGUACUGAAGAAUAUAGUGUACGUCCCGUCCUCACGGAGAGGCCCGCGGUGAAUCAAGCUAACACGGACCUGUGCAUAGUGGUUUUGUGUCAGCAAUUCAGAACGAUUCAUUACGACAGGGUCGAUGUUUGAUUAGUUAUAAAGUGAACCUAUUCGUUUUUUCACAUAAAUCAACAGUGUUUAUGCCUUGAACAUAUAGAUAAAUUUGUAUACAUAUAAAGUCGGAUAAAACAAACACUUCAGU